CGGCUCUGUUCGCGAUGAAGCUGUUCUUGUUCCUGGCGCUUCUAGGCACCGCACUCGCGGCGACAAACUUUGAGAAGCAAUGCGGACCGAAGGCCGUGGUCGGGAUUUGCAGAGCUCGGCUGCCGAGGUAUUGGUUUAACAAGGAGACUGGCGAAUGCGAACUGUUCUAUUACGGAGGCUGUGGAGGCAAUGAGAACCGAUACCUGACGCAAGAGAAGUGCGAGGAGACAUGCCUAGACAAAAAACCCAUCCAGAAGUCAUACAUUGCUGAUGAAGCUUACAUUGGUAUCACGGAUGAACUCAUGGCUGCUGCCGCAAAUUCCGUGUGCCGAAAACCACCGCAUCCUGGUCCUUGCAUGGGUUCCUUCCCGCGCUUCUACUACGACCAGAAGACCAACUCUUGCCGUCUCUUCCUCUAUGGAGGAUGCGACAGCAACGGAAACAAUUUCGAAUCGCCCAUAGACUGCAUGCGCUUGUGCGGAUCCCCGAAGCCUGGGGAGCCCAUGCCGCGAAGAAAGGAAGAAGCGGCGACAAACUUUGAGAAGCAAUGCGGAUCGAAGGCCGAGGUAGGGAUUUGCAAAGCUCUGCUGCCGAGGUAUUGGUUUAACAAGGAGACUGGCGAAUGCGAACUCUUCUAUUACGGAGGCUGUGGAGGCAAUGAGAACCGAUACCUGACGCAAGAGAAGUGCGAAGAGACAUGCCUAGACAAAAAACCCAUCCAGAAGUCACACGUUGCUGAUGAGGCUUACAUUGGUAUCACGGAUGAACUCAUGGCUGGUGCCGCAAAUUCCGUUUGCCGAAAACCACCGCAUCCUGGUCCUUGCAUGGGUUCCUUCCCGCGCUUCUACUACGACCAGAAGACCAACACUUGCCGUCUCUUCCUGUAUGGAGGAUGCGACAGCAACGGCAACAAUUUCGAAUCGCCCAUAGACUGCAUGCGAUUGUGCGGAUCCACGAAGCCUGGAUUCCCCAUGCCGCGAGUUGCAUAGUAUAACAGAAAUCAGUUCCCUAAUAAUAUCUCCCCACUGAGGGGCCACUGCAUCGAAUCACAUCUGAAAAACAUGGUAGAGAAAUUAUUAAAGAAAAUCAGCAGUGGACAUUGAUCAAGCCAUUGUCCGGAGAUUAUUAUGCAGCACGUUCGAUUAUUAACUUUUGACCUACAUGUUGCUGCGAUCAAUAAAUGUGUUGCAAAGCUC